AUGAUUGAUUCUGAAACAUUCAAGAAGAACUCACCCUUUAAGAUCACUCAUAAUGAUUCAGCAUCCAACUAUAACUUGGAAAAUACUACUACUGAUUUAUUGAAAUUUCAAUUACAAGAACAAUAUCGAUCCAAAUUACUGGAACUUCGUGAAUCAAGAUUUCCUGAACAUUCAAAUAAUGAUUUAAGCCUUUUGCAUACUACCAUCUUAAAUGAUUCAUUUAGUUCUCAUCUUCAAUCAAACUUGGAUAAAGGUCAUGUUACCAUCGGUAAUGAUUCAUCCGUUUCAUCAUUAAGUAUGAUGUCAAAUACUCCACCAUCUGAUUCUUCAGAAAGUUUCGAAAUAGAAUCAUUCAUUGAUAAUACUUCUAAUAAACAAAAUUAUUUGAAUUUAAAAGUAUUGAUUGAAAAUUCAAUAUUCGAUACUAAUAAAAUAAAUAAUAAUGCUAUCAUGUCAUUAUCAAGGUUACAACAAGUCAAGAUUUUAAUCGAAGAGAAGAAAGAGAAACAACAAUAUCUCUUAGCAAAGACAACUAUCUCUCAACAGUUUAUUCAUGAAAUAAUAUUAUCCCAAUCCAAUAAUGAAUUAGAAGAGACGAGCAAUAACCAAGAUGAUGAUGAAUUGGAUUCAAAGUUACUUUCGAAGGUUUUAAAACUGACAACAUCAUUACAAGAUCAAUUAUUGACAGUUAAUUUAGAAUUAGAAUCAUUAACUACUCAAUUGAAUAAUCAUAAUAUGGCUUGUUUAGUUUUGGGGUAUGUUGAAGAUGUUAGAUUGUCAUCAUCAACUGAUCUUUCUCAACAACAACAUCAACAACAGAUCCCUAUUGUAACUGAUGAUUUAGUUACUUCAUCUCCUGAUCAUACACCAUUAAAAUCAUCCAUGUCAUUACAAACUAUAAAUCCAAGAUCAGAUUCAUUAUAUCAAUCAUUUGAUGUAUUAUUUUCUCAUAUUGCUUCUAUUGCUGCCCAUAGAAAUGUCCAAUUACCGAAUCCACCAUCCACCAAUGAUUCUAUUGAUUCAAGAAUCAAAUGGGCUUGUAAUUGUAUUGAUAAAAUAAGUCAAACUAAUGGUCAUACUCCACCCCUCACAUCAUCAUCAUCAAUUCAAACUACUCCAUCAAAAAAUGUAAGUUUCUCUCAUGAAAAUUCAUUCUUUUCAAAUUCAUCUCCUAAAAAUGCAACUGAUAAAGCAUUACUUGAUUAUAAAACUGCUUUAACCGAUUUAAGAUUUUCUUAUCAAUAUUUAACGAAAGAAUAUGAAUUUUCUCGAGAUAAUUCUCAAAAGCUUAUACAAGAAUAUAGAAAGAAGAUAAAUCAAUUAGAAAAGGAAGUAUCACAUUCAAAGAGUUCAACCUCUCAUCAACUCAAUAAUACCAACAACCCUAAUAACACUAAUAACAUAUCUGACUCCAAUUCUAAUAUAAUCCAAUUAAAGGAUAAAGAAAUAUCAAAACUUCGUCGAGAAUUAAAUCUCUUGAAAAUUGAUAAAUUAGGUGCCAAACAUGCUAACAAUUCCCAAUUUUCAUUAAUAAGUUCACCAAAAUUAGUAAGUGAUAACCUUACUACCUCUGUCUCACCAUUUACUAGUGAGUUAUUAUCGGCUCCAAAUCAUGACGAACCAGAAGUGGAAGAUCAACGUCUGGUGAAUAGUGGAUUAUCCCCAUCUAGACCAAACUCAUAUGGAGGUAUGAGUAGUGCUAUCUUACGAAAAGAAUUUAAAAAGAUUAUAAGUGAUAUGCAAGAUCAAUAUGAAGGAGAAUUAAGUGAAGAGAAAUUCAGAAGAAAACAAUUACAACUGGAAAUUGAUAAGUUGAAACGCGCCUAA